AUGGCCAAGGAGGUGGCCCGGGGCGUGGUCCGCGAGGGCCGCUCCAAGAGCUACCAUCGCCGCGGCCUGUGGGCCAUUAAGAAGAAGAACGGCGGCAAGUUCCCCACCCACGCCAAGAAGGCGGCGGCGCCCGCUGAGGCCUCCACCAAGCCUGCCAAGUUCUACGCAGCAGAGGAUGCGCCGGUGCCGCUGGCCCGCCGCGUGAUCCGCCGCCCCGCCAAGCUGCGCCCCUCCAUCACCCCGGGCACGGUCCUCAUCCUGCUGGCCGGCCGGUUCAAGGGCAAGCGCGUGGUGUUCCUGGGGCAGCUGCCCAGCGGCCUGCUGCUGGUCACCGGGCCCUUCAAGCUCAACGGCGUGCCGCUGCGCCGCGUCAACCAGGCCUACGUCAUCGCCACCUCCACCAAGGUGGAUGUGAGCGGCGUGGACACGGCCAAGUUUGACGACGCCUACUUCAAGAGCGCGGAGAAGAAGGGGCGCAAGCAGAGCGAGGAGGGCUUCUUUGCGGAGGCGGCCGAGAAGGCGCCGCUGCCGGCCGAGUAUGUGGCCAACCAGAAGGCGGCCGACGCGGCGCUGCUGGGCAAGCUGAGGUGCGUGGCCGAUGACCUCAAGGGCUACCUGUCCACCCGCUUCACGCUGCGCGCCGGCGACCGGCCGCACCUGAUGAAGUUCUGA